AUGGAUUUCAACAGCUCGUCGCCUUUUCCCGAGGGCGUCAUAUCCUUCCUGGAUACUGACCUCUACAAGCUAACCAUGCAAUGCGCCGUCUUCAAGUACUUCAAAGAUGUCCCAGUCACCUACGCAUUCACAAAUCGCACACCCGAGAAGAAGCUCUCGAGAGCUGCCUUCAACUGGCUGCAAGAGCAAAUCCGGAAGCUCGGCUACAUCUCCCUCUCCGACGAAGAGUACCGCUUCCUCAAGACCCACUGCACCUACCUGUCCGACGAAUACGUGCAAUUCCUCAAGGAGUUCCGCCUCCGCCCGAGGGAGCAGGCCGUCGCGACAUUCCACCCCAUCGGCGAGGACACGGGCGCCGACUCGGACAUUGGCGAUCUCCACGUCGAGAUCAAGGGCACAUGGCUCGACACGAUCCUCUACGAGAUCCCGCUGCUCGCGCUGACCUCCGAGGCCUACUUCCGCUUCAUGGACACGGAUUGGAGCUACGAGGGCCAGGAGGAGCAGGCCUUCAACAAGGGCAUACGGCUGCUAGAGGCGGGCUGCACCUUUUCCGAGUUUGGCACCCGUCGCCGGCGCGACUACCACACCCAAGCCCUCGUGUUCCGCGGGCUGGUCAAGGCCAGCAAGGAAGGGGAGAAGAAGGGCCUCAAGGGCAAGUUCACGGGGACCAGCAACGUCCACCUGGCCAUGCGCUUCGGCAUCCCGCCCGUCGGCACCGUCGCGCACGAGUGGUUCAUGGGCAUCGCCGCCAUACACGACGACUACAAGGCCGCGACCGAGCUGGCGCUGCGCUACUGGGUCGGCUGCUUCGGCGGUAAGCUCGGCCUCGCGCUGACUGACACGUUUGGCACGCAGGAGUUCCUCCGGUCCUUCAGCCAGCCGGUCCACCCCCUCGAUGGUGACGAGAGCAAGUUCAAGACGGCGGACGGGAGCAGGCUGCAGACGUACGCCGAGCUCUUCCUGGGCGUGCGCCAGGACAGUGGCGACCCGGCCGACUACGUCAAGAUGCUGCGGCAGUACUACGACAGCCAGGGGAUCAAGGAGAAGAAGACCAUGGUGUUUUCCGACUCGCUCGAUAUCGAAAAGUGUCUCGAGUACCAAGCCAUCUCCGAGGCGGCCGGGUUCGCGCCGACGUUUGGUGUCGGUACGUUUUUGACCAAUGACUUUGUGCAUUUGAAGACGGGGACCAAGUCGGUGCCUUUGAAUAUCGUGAUUAAGCUGAGCUCCGCCAACGGAAACCCGGCGAUUAAGAUCAGCGACAAUGCUGGCAAGAACACGGGUGACAAGGCGACGGUGAAUAAGGUCAAGGGCGAGCUCGGCUACGUUGAGAAGGAGUGGAAGGGUGGCGAUGAGACCCAGCGAUGGGGCAAGGAGUAA